AUGGCUUUUGUAGCAAAUAAAGAAAUUCAAUCCGGAUAUUCUGAUUAUUUUAGUCUCUGCUGCAUUGUUGGUGAUAUUGAUCACUGCGAACCCAUUGAUCUGUUUGCCUCAUGUACAGAUCUAUUGAGGAGGGAAGCUUUGCGGAUUCUGAUGUUGAUUCUUGGAAUAGCUGCCCUCCUUGGCAACUUAGUUGUUAUCAUUCGGCGAGUAAUUGAAAAUGACUUUAAUGUCCAAUCCAUACUCAUCACUAAUCUUGCAGUCUCCGACUUGCUGAUGGCGGUUUACAUGAUAAUCAUAGCAGGAGCUGAUAUUUACUACAGGGGGAGGUACGCACGGUAUGCAGAAAUUUGGAAAAACAGUUUCGUUUGCAGUUUUGCCGGGUCUAUCUCAACAUUGUCCAGUGAAUGUUCGGUUUUCAUCUUGAUGAUUAUGAGUUUUGACCGUGCAGUAACCAUUGCUUAUCCAUUCAGCACCGUAAGGCUUAAUCGUAAAAGAUGCAUUAAAAUCAUGGGUAUUGCUUGGUUGACUGUAAUUACUGUCAGUAUUCUUCCUGUGUUCAACCGUAUAAGUUUCGUCAACAUACCGUAUUUCGUAGACAACUACUACGGGCGACAAAGUGUGUGCUUGGCACUACCGCUAACAGCUGACCGAUACCCAGGCUGGCAAUAUGCUAUAAUGAUAUUCCUGGCAUUCAACUUCUUCAGUUUUAUCGUCAUAGCAGGGAGUUACAUCUCAAUUUAUAUAUCCGUAAAGCGAACGGCAUCGAGGGUAAAUAGAGGUACGAGGCGAGCAGAGGAGAUCAGGAUGGCAACAAAGAUGAUAAUAAUCGUCUUAACAGAUUUCAUGUGUUGGUUUCCAAUUAUCUUAAUGGGAAUUGUGUCGGAAGCUGGUGCCUGGAAACUUCCUGAUGAAAUUUACGUUUGGUCUGCGACAUUCAUUAUUCCAAUCAAUUCCUCACUAAAUCCAUAUCUUCAUACCAUUGCAUAUAUGUUUAAAAAGAAGAAAUAUACACCUGCACAUAUUAAUUAUUAAGGCGUUUCAUUUAAUACAAAAGAAACAUAAAACCCAAAAAUAUGUCAUUAUUUUAAAUUUGUAAAUGGCACGACACCAUAUAAGCAAUCUCAAAUUAACUAACACUAGCACAUGCAAUCACCUGUAUGAUACUGCAGAAAAUGUUUGCUUAUUAAAACAUUUGUUGUGGUGUCUGAUAAUUAAAGCAUGAAAAUGUGAGACCACUGAACAUUUGUGUUUGAGAUGUACACCUACGUAGAUAUCAUAAUUAAAUUAAUUGUAUGAUUUUACAUUUUGUCACUAACCCCACGAAGAAACACAUUUCUCAAUUUCAAUCAAAACAACAUUUUGAGAAAAAAAGAGUGUGAAGUUGACUACGUCACGAAGAACUUGUUUACUUCACAAAACUGUACAUUUAACCACCAAGAUAUCCAAAUUUGAAAUAGUUUCAGUUGUACAUGUUUAAAACACAUUAAAUAAUCAUAGUUCAAAACAUGAUAUAUUUUUAGUCUUAUAAAAAUAUACAGCUUUCCAUUUUUUAAUGUAAUGUUGUCUUGUAUGUAUUGAAAUUUUAGACAAGGAAAUAUUAAGCCACAUGGUUGUUCAUAGUUAAUGUAGCAUUCAAAAAGACACUUUUAUAAUGGAAUUUCGCUUGUUGAAUCCAUUGAAAAUAUUCAUAAACACUCGAUUUCAUAAUUUAGAAGUAUGACACUUAGCUCACAGCAAAAAAAAAAGUGGAACAGAAUCGGGUACACAUAGUGUACUCUGUGUUAACGCUAAGUUUACUACUUUUGGCUAUUGGUUUAGGUUUAAAUCCAAUGAUAUGUCAAGCAGCAAACUUGAUUACUAUUCAAUGUGGCAUAUCCUUCACAAGACAGACAAAACAUAACCCAAGAUGCUCUACAUAAACUAAGCCUCAUUAUGAGGCUUAGUGAGUGGAGUGGAGUUGUUUUGGUCGUGAGAAAACACCAUGUUAGCACGACAGGAAUUGAACACAAGACCUGGGAUUAAAAGGCAAGCAUAUAAACCACCAAGCUACUCCACUCCACUCCAACUAAUACUCCAUUCCAGCUACUCUCCUGCUGCACCUUUAUGACUAGUAGCCUGUUGAAACAUUUUGAUGUGUUAUCAACAUACAUUUAAUAUUGGUGUAGUACUGUUCUUGUAGUUUAACGUUGUAGUUAAGAUUAUGUAGUAACAAACAACGUGAUUUCGAAACAUGUACUGAUGAUGGUUACGGAAAUUUUCAUUUUUAGGCGUAUUCGCAUAUUAUACGUUCAUGUUGCUGUUUUGUAUUUUAUCGUUGUAGUAACAAAAAAACGUGAUUUCAAAACAAUUUUUAAUGAUGUGUAAGGAAUUGUCUCAACAUUUGAGGCUUUUUUUCAUAUAUAUUAAAACUGCUCUAUUAUAGUCUUGAAUUUUAUCGUUUGCUGUGACAAAGAAAGUGGGUCAAAACAUGCUUUGAUUAUCUAAAAGGGAUUCUCAAGGAGGAGUGUUCUCAUGUAUAUUCAUGUUGCUCUAUUAAUAUUUGUGUCGUUGUAGUUAAAGAUUAUGUAGUAAAUAAGAAUGUGAUUCCGAAAAAUGUUCAGACGAUAUUUAAGAAAUUGUGGAUAUAAAUUAUUAUUUUAGUGAUAUUUACUGUAGUAAACUAGUAAAUGUGUUGUGGUUUUAAUUAUGCAUAAUCCUUUCAUGAAAAGCUUCGAUCAAUGCUGAAUGUUUAAAGGAUCGUAAUAUAUUUUAAAACAUUUCAAAAAAUGUUUAUCAUACGAUGGAUUUUUUAAUUGUGGAAUAAAUUAUUGUUUUACAAUUAUUUAUUGUAGUAAACUAGUAAAUGUGUUGUGGUUUUAAUUAUGCAUAAUCCUUUUAUGAAGAGCUUCGAUCGAUGCUGAAUGUUUAAUGGAUCGUAAUAUAUUUUAAAACAUUUCAAAAUAGUUUCUAUCACACAAUCGAUUUUGUAAUAGGCCCCAAUAGUGUAUUAGGUAGACAAGUGUUUGUUAUGUAUCUCAAAACAUUAUUGUCAUUUUGACAUUACAGUCUUCAUCAUUAUUGUCUAGUCAUAGAAAUAAUAUAAAAAUUGUGCUAGCAUAAGUUGGCGGUGGUCGCAACUUAAAUACACCCUUUCCAGACUCCCGGCAGCAGCAAAAGUACCUAAUCAAUCAUGAAAUUGCUUACAUAGGAAAUUCAAACGACUAAAGUGUGGGGCUACGUGUUACUCUACCCUUACCAAAAAAAUAAACAAGUGACCACCUUCAAAUGGUUCACACUUUAAACACUGGUGGUCGCCGCCAAUGUAAACAAUCAUUUGUCAUCCCCUGUCAAUAUUAUAUGCAUUUUAUAAUUUCCUCGUAAGGUCUGAUGCUAACAAAAUGAAUUUAAAACAGUGCUUAAUCAUUAUUUAAUAAUGUAAUUGUACAUAGU